AGGCCGCCCCGUUCCGCCCGGCCAACGCGGUCGAGAUCUGGGCGGGCAGGCAGCAGGAGGAGGACAGGCGGCAGGCGGCGGCGGCCGAAGACCUGGCGAGGUCCCCCGAGGCCCAGGCGCGGAAGUUGCGGGGCCUGGACGAGGAGGCGCUGCUCAGGAAUAAUCCGCACAAUGAGCACUUCGAUGGCCUGACAGAGGGCGGCCGGAACUUCGCAGCCAACUCCAGGCGGGCGCCGUCGGCAUCUCCCGCGAGGACGACGAGCAGCGUGGCCCACUCGGCGGUCUACAUCGAGGGGUCCGACGACGCUGCGGCGAGCGCGGCUCCUCCGGCCGCCGGCUGGAGCGGCGGCAUGGAGCAG